AAGUUAGAGGUGCAAGUAAUGGAGGCGGCGAAGAGGGUGCUUGGGGAAGAGCAUCCUUUCACACUAAUCAACAUGGCCAACUUAGCGUUGACGUACGGGAAUCAAGGGCGGUGGGAAGAGGCCGAAAAACUACAGAAGCAAGAGUUGGAGGCAUGUUCUAGAGUAUUAGGUGAAGAGCACCCGGACACGCUAAUAAGCAUGGGGAAUCUUGCUGCGAUUUUCAAGAAUGAAGACCGUCAUGAUGAGGCUAUUGAGUUGAUGGUUGCAUGCAUCCAAUUGGGAAAGAAGGUAUUGGAAGUGGACCAUCCGUAUACAAUUUCUUUACUUGAAACGUUGGAUGAAUGGCGUGCUGAACAAACGUCUCCUAGCUCGUAG